AUGCAAUCGAUGGGUAUGAACGCCUACCUCUAUGCACCAAAGGAUGACCUGAAACACCGGCUCUCUUGGCGAGAGCCCUACACAGAAAAAGAGGAAGAUAACAUGCGGGCCCUGGUUGCGGCUGCUGAUGACCAUAAUGUGUGCUUCAUAUUCGCUAUCUCUCCUGGCAGCGACAUUGUUUACUCUGAUAAGGAUGAUGCUGCCGCGUUAAAAGCUCGUCUCCAGCAAGCUGUGAAGCUCGGUUGCCGUGCAUUUGCCCUUCUCUUUGACGACAUCGACACACGCCUAUGCACCGCAGAUCAGGAGAUAUACGGCUCCCCAGGACGUGCCCAAGUGUCUCUCACAAACCAGGUCUACGAGGCCCUAGGUUGUCCCGAAACUUUCCUCUUCUGUCCAACUGAAUACUGUGCCAGCCGAGCAGUGCCUAACGUGACCAAUUCAAGCUAUCUUGCUACGGUUGGAUCAGAGCUUGCUCAAGGUAUUAAUGUAUUAUGGACAGGACCGCUUGUUGUCUCAAAACGCAUCCCCACGUUGGGCAUUCGAGACCUUUCGCGUAUGCUGAAGCGACCGAUCGUGCUGUGGGACAACCUCCACGCCAACGACUACGACCAACGCCGUGUCUUUCUCGGCCCCUAUGCGGGGCGGCCACUUGCCCUCCGACGCCGCAAACUCAUUCGUGGUGUGCUGACGAACCCCAAUUGCGAGUUCGAAGCCAACUUCGUUGCUAUCCACACUCUUGCACAAUGGGCCAGAUCUGCCCAUCCAUCGUACGCCGAUAAAGUAACAGUUUCAGCAGACUUGGCCGAUAUUGGCGAUGAUUUGGAACAAGAAAAAGCCGAAAGUGAUGAAAAGGAAAUGGAAAAGAAGGUAGCGGGAUCAGGUAGCCUCAGUAGUGCACCUGCUCCUAUAUAUCGGCCGCGGCAAGCUCUUCUCAACGCCCUCAGAGACUGGCUUUCUCUUAUGCUGCAGGACCAACGGUCAACCUCAGUUCUAGCAAAGCAAUCAGUUUCGAAUCCUCCUUCGCCUACUCCCAUGGAAACAGAUUCCGUCGAAACUCCAAUGCAGGUUGAAACAGACAUUGUCGAGGAAAAUGGCAGCACGAAAGCUGGAUCCGAUGUUAACAUGAUUUCGACUGAAGCAAUUGACUUGGUACCCUCCCUCGGAAUUAGCUUAGGGGACCUUGAGCUACUCGCUGACCUGUUUUACCUCCCGUUCUCACAUGGCCCGACAGCCCUCAAAGCUCUCGAACUUGGCCAUUGGCUUCGCGAUAAUUCCCAUUUAGCACCCACAGACAAUCACGUCGACUUGGGGAACAAGUGGAGCAAAAAGUUUGCCGAACUCUUGAAGAUUAUCACGAAUGUGAGUCAGUUAAGGGAGAAGAUUCAACGGCUUCCACAUCCUGGUGUUGUUUAUGACCUCGCGCCUUACCUUACUGACAUAAAUUCGGUUUUUGCCAUGAUUUUGGAUUACUUCCGCUGGCUUGAAAACGGUGUUAUGGCCAACCGCAAUCAAGCACAUCUGAAGCGCCUUCUCACGUGGUUCUCACCGGGCUACAGUGAGAUGACGAUGUCAGGCGACCACGAGCCCUGGAUGUUCCGCGGUGGCCUCAUCACAGAGCUUCAGGUGGUUGUCUUCGCGUUUAUCACCGCGCGGAUUUUGCCCCUCGAGUCAGCUCAAGACCUCUUUCCAGCCCCCAGUCGUGUCGGCCCUACGCUCACCACCACUCCAGCCGGCCCGCUUCCCAACCCCUGGGUGCCUGAGUUCACCACAGAUCUUCCCCCUAUUUUUAAUUCUAUUGACAAAUCAUCCCUCCUCGACUCUGACAACCCCGCUCUCCGCAAAGUCAGCUUCCAGCCCCGUCGCCCCUACAUUUUGAGACCCUACAGACCCGAAGACAAGCCCAAGAUUUAUGCUCUGUGGAGACGGAUUCUCUUGCGCAGGCUCGGACUCCUUAAGGAUGCCCUUCCAGAAAAGUAUAUGGAUCUCCCUGGAGACAGGUACUGCUUCACCUACCUAGAACGCUUUCCUCAGCAUUGCCUCGUAGCAGAAGGUCCUCCUCUUUUCUUCGAUUCCGCUGUCGAGACGCCGUCAUCUUCACAGGCAGACUCAUCCCUUGGUACUCCUCCGUGGGACAUCGUGGCUUUUGCGCUCGCCGCGCCCGACAUCGGUGCGUUGACUCGCGAUCGGGACGAGCUGCGUCGCAGCCAAUUGCGGGCCAAGUACCCCAAAGAUAGUAGUAUUCGAGGGAAAUAUAGCACCAUGCCAAGGAAGCCGUCCAUCAACAGCUCACUUCAUCAACUCUCUGCUGAAGACUUUAUCAAGGCAAAUCUACAUCACUUUUGUCCUUGUUUAUCUAUAUCCUUGGAUUGGAUCCAUGACGAGCGGACAACCAAGGCAUCAUCCAGCGUCAUCGCUGAGGCCGCCGUCACCGAAGCGCCUCCACCCGAGCCACUCGGUGCUGCGAUUUCAGACCAGUUGGCGGGCAUUCCUCCUCAACGGCUGCAGCAGACUGCGGCUGAGGGUUGCUAUCGAGAAGAAAAACCAUUCACUGUAAAGGGAAACCAGAUGGACGAGGAGGAGGGGGCGGCGGCGGCGGCAACAAUGGAGGAUGCCGUAAGUGACAAGGAAAAACAAACCUUGGCUCGAUCUAAGAGAAAAGGUGAGAAGGCAGCAGAACUGGUGAUCGAGAGCGGAAGGAGCGUCGAUGAGGGGUUGGAGCAACUGAAGUCGGGUCCUCGAACGGUUGAGGCCAUCCACUCGGCGCUGAUGGCCCACCCUGCAAGCAUUUUCGUAGAGUUAGACGACUGCAGCUUCAGCGGUGGUGGUGGUGGUAGUGCCAAUCUUCCAGUGACACCUGCGACCAUAAUGAACCAUCACCUCGGCCUCGGCUUCGACCCGCCUGAGUUGGUCCUCGAUGAAGUCGCUAGACGCCUUUUCGUAUGCCUUCUUGCUGGACUGAAGACGUGCGCCUCACAUGUACGCGCCCGUCUCCUCUUGUGCCUUACGGGUGUUCACGUUGAGCUGGAUACAAUCAAUGAAACACGGGCAGAUCUGUAUCGUCGCUUCGGAUUUUACCCAGUGACAGCAGCGUCUACUGACUUUAUCACCGUUCUCGGACGUCUGAUUUAG